AUGCUAUCUAGAUAUGCUCUAUCCGCCGAGAUGACAGCUGUUAACACUGUCUCGAUCCUUUUGCUAUUACUCUUAGCUAGUGCUAUGAUGCAAUUGUCCUAUGCACGAUCUGCCACAGUUCGCAUGAAUUCCAGGGAGAUAAGCGAGAAGGUGAAAGCAAUGAUAAUGAGCGAAGUGCAUUUACAUAGCGCUAAUCAAGGAACAAAAAGUAUGCAUGAUGGAACUAUAAUUCAGGAUAAAAUUGGCGAAAGUAUUGUGACAACAACGCCAGAUGGUGUAUGUCAUCUAAUGGACUCAUCCGAAGUUUCUGAUUGUUUUACAUAUCUUAUUGAUCCUCGAACUCCAGCUGCAACUGCAAAGUUCAGUAUGAGCCUUAAAAGAAACAUGGAACCAAUAAAUGCGACGGUGACGCUCUACGAAGUGAGCCGGUGGAGAGCAAAUUUUACCAGACUUGGAAGAGCUACACUUGAUUGGAAAGAAAUUGGCCUUAUUCGAAACCUCCGUAUCGAAAUUCUUCGAAAUGCUAAAAGUUGGUUUAAUUCAAACGUGGGUUCGAACAAGCGUCUGCUUCACAGAGUGAAGGUGGACGUGACAGUGAAUAGUCAACCUGUCUCAUAUUUUAAUUUAUUUGUUGAGCCGCCCGAACUGGAUUUUGCGUACUACGACGCCCCACCACAGUCAGAGUGUAACCCAAGAGUUGAAUGCUGUCUUAUUCUUCAUUAUGUCAACUUUACGGAGAUAGGGUGGAACAAAUUUAUAAUGUAUCCCGAAGGGUUUUACGCCAACUAUUGUAUCGGCCCCCUUUAUGCCGAAUGUGCCCACGACGAUCCUGAGGUGGAAAACAUUUUGAGCAGCGCACGGGUGCAAUCGAAUUUGCCGAAGAGAAAAUUUUCGUGUGCUCCUCGGGAAUUCGCACCUCUCAAUAUUCUCUAUUCUGUCGGCCCAAAUCACUCAAUGAAACUGCGACUGGACGAUGUACGGGCACUGUCAUGUUCAUGUAUAAACUAA